AUGCUCUUCAGCAAGUCAUUCGUUGCCGCCGCCGCGGUCAUCAGCCCGGCCCUGGCCCAUUCUUCUUCACAGACAACCACAAGUGCCUCGCCCCUUCUCGGACUCAACCUGUACUGGGGACAGUAUGGCCAGACUAACGACCGCCUUUCAAGCUAUUGUGAUGCUCCGGGCGUCACUUCCGUCUCUCUAUCCUUCGUCACAUACUCUCCCAAGAACAGCGCUGGAUACCCUGGCACCAAUUUCGCCGGCCACUGCGGCGGCGAGGUUUACUACAAGAACCCCAAGACUGGCGAAGACACCAAGUUGAUUAUGAACUGUGACUACAUCAAGAAGGAUAUUCAGUACUGCCAGGCCAAGGGCAUCAAGGUUCUCCUGGCUAUUGGUGGUUACUGCCCAACCGGAGGCCCCUGCAGCUACGACAUUGACAGUGAGCAGGAUGGCCAUGAAUUUGGUGAUUUGUUGCACAAGACUUUUGGUCCUUACGAUCAGGGAUGGAACGGCCCUCGUCCCUUUGAUAUCAGCGAGACUGAGCACAUUGCUGUUGACGGUUUCGACUUUGACCUGGAGUUCAAGUAUCCCGACCAAAAGCCCUGGAUCAAGAUGGUUGAGAAGCUUCGCAGCUGCGGUAUCUACCACAUUUCUGCUGCUCCCCAGUGCCCAACGUCAGACACCUGGUUCCAGCUCAAGGAGCUCAUCUACAACGCCCAAUUCGACUCCCUCUUCAUCCAGUUCUACAACAACCCCGGCUGCCAAAUCACCGAUACUCCCAACUACGACGACUGGGAGACGGUCAUUUCUCAGACCUCCAAGAGCAAGGAUGCGAAGCUCUACAUUGGUGUCCUCGCCAGCGUCGAGUCUGGAUGGAACGGUUAUGCUCCUCCUUCCACGAUCAAGGACUUGAUCUGCAAGUACCAGAGCAAGCCGCACUUUGGAGGUGUUUCUAUCUGGGAUGCCACCCGUGGCGCCAUCAACCAGAUCAACGGCCAGUCGUUCCACGAGGCCAUUGCCGAUGCUCUCAAGUACGGUUGCAACCCCAUCCCUGCCAAGACCUCCACCAUCAGCAUCUCGACUUCGACAUCGUCCGUAAUCUCUUCCACCAGCACCUCGUCUGCCAUUGUUUCCACCACUUCGGCAAGCGCUAGCUCUAGCUCCAGCUCCGCGACCUCGAGCUCCAGCCAGUCCGCCUCGGCAUCCGUUUCUGCUUCAGCCUCUGCCUCUGCUUCUAUCUCGACUUCCGUCUCUGUCUCUGCUUCGGCCUCUGCUUCCGUGUCGGCCACUGGCUCAGCAUCAGUGUCUGGCUCAGCAUCUGGCUCAGCAUCGGCAUCUGGCUCGGGAUCUGCUUCGGCAUCCGCUUCUGUGUCCGCCUCAGCGUCUGCUUCUGUGUCCGCAUCAUCCUCGGCCUCGGCCUCAGCUUCACUCACCUUCUUUGGCAACUCUUCGGCGUCUGCCACCGGAUCUGCUUCUUCGCGAAUCAUCACAUCGUUGAGCUCCAACGCCACUGCCACUGCCAGCGCUUCUGCGACCAAGUCUGCGACUGUUUCGGACACUUGCGAUGAGGACGACGAGGACUUCCCAACCACCACGGCGGGUAACUCCCACACCGCCACUGCUACUGCCAUCGGCUCAGCAGACGCGACAAAGACUGCCUCUGGCGGCGUCACCAACAAGGCCACUGGCUCUGCUACUGGUUCUGCUACGAGACCUGCCCAGAACUCCUUGACGGUGUCCAUCUCAGACAAGCCCACCGGCACCAAAUCAGCUACCGAGUCGGCCAAGAACACACUCAGUGUCCCCGAACAGCUGACCACAAGCACGAUUUUCACCACCAAGAUCACCACCGUUACCUCUUGCAAGCCCGAUGUACCCUGCACCAAGGGUCAAGUUGUCACCGAGACUGUUCCUUGGUACACCACUGUCUGCCCUAUCACGGCAACGUCGUCCGCCGUCGCCGUGCCUACAAUUAGCCCUCCUCCCCAAUGGGUUACCAGCACAGUCUUCACCACAAAGACGUACACCAUCACAUCUUGCGCUCCUGAUGUACCAAACUGCCCUGUUGGCCAAGUCACGACCAAGGUCGUCCCUGCAUACACCACCGUCUGCCCGUACACCGAGACGACACCCGGCAGCACUAAGCCUUCAGGCGACGUCCCCAACCCUCCCAAGCCCACCGGGGAUGUUCCCAAGCCUACCGGUGGCCAAGGAGGAAACAAGCCCUCUGGCGACAUUCCUCAGCCUCCCAAGCCCACUGGUGAUGUUCCCAAACCUACUGGCAGCCAAGGAGGGAACAAGCCUUCUGGCGAUGUGCCCCAACCCCCUAAGCCUACUGGCGAUGCUCCCAAGCCCACUGGCAGCCAAGGUGGCAGCAAGCCUUCUGGGAGCCUUUCUCCGCCCAAGCCUACCGUAACACCCGUUGUUCCCGGCAAAGAGGAUGACUCGACGACUUUCAUCUACAAGACCCUGACUGUCCCCGUCACGAUUGGCAAAUACAACUCCACACUCGCGGGUACCGGCUUCAACUACAAGCCCACCUCCACGGGCGGGUUUCCCAGCUACACAACGGCUGCUCCCGUUCCCAGCAAGCCUGUCCAGGCUGGAGCUGCCAAGAUCGGAGCUUUCGGAGUCGGUGGCUUCGCUGCCCUUGCCGUUGCUCUUCUGCUCUAA